UAAGGCAGCAUUAUUGACCCAUCUCGCUUAGUUUUAAACUUAGUAUUAGUUUAAAACAAAAUAAGGGUUAACGUAAAGACUAUUCAAGAUGCUUCAGUCUGUUGUUCUCGCGAUUUUAGCUGUUGGUUUUGCAGCUGCGAUUCCUACUGUGUCUCCCGAUGCUGUUGACUACUACAAGCUUGGCAAGAGGGGUGAGGAUGCCGUUGACUACUACAAGUUUGGCAAGAGAGGUGAGGAUGCCGUCGACUACUACAAGUUUGGCAAGAGAGAUGAUGAUGCCGUUGACGUUUAAGAGUGCAAAAUGCAGAUACAGCAGUUGACACUACAUUAACGUAGCGAAGAAUAUAUUAAGUCUAUUAGCGUA